GAAAUACUCCCUGACCUUAGGCUUGGCCUUCGAGGACACCGUGGGAGUGGGCGCCAUGGCUAUGUCCGCCUAGCCUGGUUGCUGGGCUGCAUCCUGGCCACAGCGUGGAGAGCGGCAAGAUCACCCCUUCUUUGUCAUUCUUUGAGGAAAAUUAAUUCUCAAGGAGAAACAUCUGAACCCAUCAAGCAACCCCUUAAGAAGCCAAAGUUACCAGAAGGUCGUUUUGAUGCACCAGAAGAUUCCAAUUUAGGGAAAGAACCACUGACAGAAUUUCCAGAUGAUGUUAAUCCUGUUACCAAAAAAAAAAAAGGUGGACCCAGGGGUCCAGAACCUACCCGAUAUGGAGAUAGGGAACGGAAAGGACGCUGUAUUGAUUUUUAA